AUGGCUUAUUGGCAACAUCCAGUCAUACCCUACAAGCCUUAUAAAUUUCAAUCACAGUAUGCUGAUCCGUUAGCUAGAUAUGAUCUUUCGUAUGGAAUCAAACCAGCAUCAAUACGAGCGCAUCGUUUACCACCAACUGUCGCUCAUAGUUCAGUUGGUACAGUAUCAAGAAUACGGACUGUUGGUCGUCGACCGGCUGUCCUAGCAACAACAGCACCACCUUUAAUACUGACUACUACGGUUCAACCUGGUGUCGCUUCUCAUCCACAUGCUCGACGACAUCAACCUCCUGUAGGAGGUAGACCUAUGGCACCUCGUCGACAUCAUCAUCAUCAUCAUCCAUUGCAGCCAGGUGCUCCAGUGGCACCAGCUCAUCGUCAUAGAGUUCCUGUACGUCGUUACUAA